AUGAAGGACUUGAAAGAACUGCAAAGUCGAAACAGAAUUUUGGUUUUAAACACUUACCUCCAUCAAGUCCAAAAAGAGGCGCGCCAGAAGUUCAACGCUGCGAAAGCUUCAGCAGCAGAGCAGCAAAAUGAAGAAAAUAAAAAUGAUUUCAAAAAAGAAAAUGACAGCAGCAAAACAGAAGAAGAAGAAGAAGAAGAAGAAGCAGCAACUUCGAGAGCAGAACCGAAAAACGCGGAUGAAUACAUCAAGAGAGCCAUGGAUGCAAAGACAGCCGAGCUCGAUGCAGAAGAAGCAGCAGAAAUCAAAGAAUUGAAAGACAGGCACUUCGCCGAGCUGGCAGAGAUGGUGAACGACGAGAAGACGGCUACCAUCGGCCCCUUAGCGUCGCACAAGCGCGGGGUGUUCUUCGCUGAAGAGGAGGCGACGCUGCAUGCAGCCGAGUUUGGGGCUUUGCAUACAGCGCAUGCAGCCGAGUCUGGGGCUUUGCAUGCAGCGCAUGCAGGGGAGCCUGGGGCUUUGCAUGCAGCGCAUGCAGGGGAUGAUGGGGCUGCGCAUGCAGCGCAUGCAGGGGAAGACGGGGCUGCGCAUGCAGCGCAUGCAGAGUUUGGGGCUUUGCAUGCAGUGGCUGCGUGGCAGCAGCGCAUGCGUUCGGGAAGUGCUGCUGCGUUUUUGGCUGCGCGGGAGAAGCAGCAAAUGCUGCAGCAGCUAGAGGCCUUUGCGCAGGGCUUUUUGCAAAUUCUAAAAGAAGAAAAAGAAAGACAAAUGCAACUUUUGAAAAAUAAACAAACACAAAGACAACACAGAAGAGAUGCCAAGGGCCUCCACAGACGCAAAAGCUCCAACGCCAAGAGACACACCCGCAGAGGUUCUCGAAAGAGCGUUUUGGACUUCAAGGCUGAGCGGCUGCAGAGCGAAAGGGAAAGGGAGAAAAAACUCAAGGAAAAAGAAGAACAGCAGACCCGCUGGCACCCGGUGUACAGACAGAUCAUUGAAGAGGAGACAAAAGCUGCUUCUUUUGAAGUUUUCAAGGAGACGCAAAACAUAACUCCGCGGGGCCCCACACUUGUGAACAUUGAGAAAGUCCUCAGCUCUUUAGAAGAAGGUUCUUUCAUGCGGAAGGCAGUGGCAAGUUUGGGGCUUUUAGCUGCUGCAUGCGGCCCCCUAGCAGCAGCAGCAGCAGCAGCAGCAGAAGCAGAAACCAGCAGCACCGAGUCCGACGACAGCUCCAUCUCCAGCGGCAGCAGCAACAAGGCCAGCAGCAGGCAGCGCAGCAAGAAGCCGCCGCCCAGCAGCAGCAGCAGCAGCAGCAGCAGCAGCAGCAGUGAGGAGGAAGAGGAAAGCAGCAGCGAGGAUGAAAGCAGCAGCAGCAGCAGCAGCAGCGGCAGCGCCAGUGCCAGCGGCAGCGAGGGCAGCAGCAGCAGCGAGGAAAGCAGCAGCCACACACAACCAGACAGCCCAACACAGCCAACUGCAGCGCAGCAGCAGCAGCAGCAGCAGCUAGCUCGCAGUAGCGUAGGUACAGCUUCAGAGGACUCACAAGCAGCAAAGCCUGCCGCAAAGCAGCAGCAGCAGCAGAGCAGCAGCGGCAGCGGCAGCAGCGGCAGUAGCAGCAGCGAUAGCAGCAGCGAAGCCAGUGGUGACACUAGUAGCGAAGAGAGCAGCAGCAGCAGCGGCAGCAGCAGCAGCAGCAGCGGCAGCAGCGGCAGCAGCAGUGGCAGCAGCGGCAGCAGCAGCAGUGCAGAGGGAAACAGCAGCGAAACAGAGUCAUCGGCCGCUCAACCGCAGCGGGCAACCGGAGCUCCCGCAGCAGCAGCAACAGCAGCAGCAGCAGCAGCAAAGAAGUCAUCUAGCUCCUCCGCCAGUAGCAGCAGCAGCAGCAUCAGCAGCAGCUCGUCUGAUGAGGAAACACCGCAGCCCUCUGUUCGCGCACUGCAGCAGCCAGCCCCUGCCCGCAGCAGCAGCAGCAGCAGCAGCAGCAGCGGGAGCAGCAGCAGCACCGGAAGCAGCAGCAGCAGCUCUGAAGGGCCAGCGCGGCAGCAGAGCAGCAGCAGCAACAGCAGCAGCGAAAAUGCGCAGAGCAGCAGCAACAGCAGCAGCUCAUCCGGUGACGACACCAGCAGCAACGGGAGCUCGUGA